AUGGACAUGCAAAGCUCGAGAGAGGACCAGCCUCUUCCUCAAACGGUCACGAAGUCAUGGAAAGCAUACUACAGGCACCGUCAGCAACAACUUCACCGUCGUCUAUCUCGCUGGCAUACCCGCAUACCAUACCUGCGGAAGCUCCCUCUUCGAGCCAUCCUGAUCAUCGCAUUCCUGAUCUUCGUCAACCUCGUCGUCUGGGCAAUAUGCGGUCUCAUUCUCUCGUCACACACUCAUCUCCUCUCCACGGCUGCACUGGCAUAUACACUGGGUCUCCGCCAUGCCCUCGACGCGGACCACAUCUCGGCAAUCGAUCUGAUGACCCGCCGACUCAUAGCUACAGGCCAAAGACCCGUCACUGUAGGCACAUUCUUCAGCCUGGGGCACAGCACCAUCGUCAUCAUCACCUCAAUUGUCGUUGCGGCCACCGCGGCAGGCAUUGCCGGCCGCUUUGACAGUUUUGGUACAGUGGGCGGGAUCAUCGGCACUUCCGUGUCAGCUGCGUUCCUGAUCCUCCUGGGCAUCAUGAACGCCUACAUCCUCUACAAGCUGAUCGUGCAGAUCAAAAAGGUCAUCCGCCUUCAACCAGAACAAGAAGGCGAAGAGGCGUGGAAGAUCGAAGGCGGCGGCUGUUUCUUCCGCCUCCUGAAGCGCAUGUUCAAACUCAUAGACCGGCCCUGGAAGAUGUACCCGCUCGGCGUUCUAUUCGGCAUGGGCUUCGACACGAGCUCCGAGAUCGCCCUUCUCGGGAUCAGCAGCAUCCAAGGCGCAAAGGGCACGAGUAUCUGGCUUAUUCUCAUCUUCCCCGUCCUGUUCACAGCUGGGAUGUGUCUCGUCGACACCACCGACGGGGCAUUGAUGAUGAGCCUGUACGUCGCACCCAUGGGCAUGGGUGGAGAUGACAAGAAAGAUACCCCUGAAGAUCAAGCACGGGCACAGGACCAACAACUCGACCUCGAUGCUGACGCUGCAACAACUGACCCCCUGAUCCUCGAUGACGUCGAGCAGUCAGCGGCGGGAGCAAACCCCUACACGCAACCGCACCCCGCUGCGAUUUCUUCUUCUUCUCCUACUCGGGAGAAUACGACCACGACCACGACCAUCCAACUCCAACUCCGACCGGGCGUCAAAGACCCGCUCACAUUUCUAUACUACAGCAUCGUGCUCACCAGCCUGACGGUCGUGUGCGCCAUCGUCAUCGGCAUCCUGCAACUCCUCUCGCUCAUCCUGAACGUCGCCUCCCCGACGGGUCCGUUCUGGGACGGCGUCGCCGCCGCGGGAGACCACUACGAAGUCAUAGGCGGGGCGAUCUGCGGGAGUUUCGUCGUGUUCGGGGCCCUGAGCGUGCUGUGCUACAAGCGGUGGAGGGCGUGGGUUGAGCAAGAGAGAGCGCGACUUAGGGCGGAGAGGGGUGCGGCACGCGGUGACAAUGCACGUACAGGCCGCGAGACUGCCCGUGACGGGGACGACGACGAUCCGGGGGCCGUAUAUGUUGGGGAGGCCGAAUUGGUCGAAGUGGACGCGGACGCGGACGCGGGUGCGGAUGCGGAUACGAAGGGCAAGGCGGGGACCGUACAGAGGGGAAGGGUCGAGGGGAAAGCAUUCGAUAGUAGUCCUCCUGCACAGGCACAAACGGCGAAUGUGAGGCCUAGUGCAAGUGCAAGUGGAGGCUCAGAUCGUGCUUAA